AUGCCAGAUCCCACAAGAUUAGGUGCUAACCCUCUUUCUGGUGCCAUCUCGAAAAGGGCGACUGGACAUGUGGGAUUCGUUGAAUGUCUGUUGCCCUGGUAUCAAGAAACCUUAAUCCCUCCUUCUUAUCGGCCAUUGGAUCGUUUUUACGUAGUCCUAAACGUGAGCAAGGUGAUGGCGGUAAUCUCUUGCUUACUUCAAUGCAAAGUUAUCUCAAAGACAACCCUUGUACUCCUCUUCUUCUUCGUCUGUCCGUAUUGUGCUCAGAAAUGGCAUGGAUCAUUCCUGCUGCCUAGUCAGGGCAUGGUCGCCACGAGACGAAGCCAACAGUCCCACCACGUCCCAACAAACCGUAGAAUGAGCGAGAUUGAAGCUGUAGACCACGUGUUGGAGUUGCGCUAA